AUGGCAUGUUGUUCACUGAAGGACCCAGCUUUGCUUAGCGCCUACAGCCUGCUGAAGUCGGUUCAAGAGAUAGAUCCUGACUUCAAGGACAAGGUGCGCGUGCCGGUGAUGGUGAUUGUCGGAAUGCAGUCUGUGGGGAAGACAAGCCUCAUCGAAGCAAUUCUCAGAUUCCCAGUGGGCUACACAGAUCGCAACACGGGCAACCGCUGCCCAGUGCGCUACAUCAUCAGGUUUUCAGAGCAUUCUCGCUAUGUCGUGGGCGGGGAGAAGCUGCACAAUCAAGCAGAGGUCCAAAGAAAGGUCACAGAGCAUAUGAAAAGCUUGCAGAAGCGCAACAGUUUCAGCAACCAGGCUUUGACAGUUGAGAUCAGCGAUAAAGACCAGCUUGAUAUCGACAUCACCGAUUUGCCUGGCUUGCAGGACAAAGCUGAGCAAGAUUCGGAGAACAUCCGGCAGAUUGUGGAGCACUACUUGAAGGAUGAGUCAGUGAUCCCUGUCGCCGUGUGCAAGGCAGAGAAAAGCCAUGAAACACAAAUCGACUUCUCGAUGUUGGAAGACGUUGGGCUGAAUGCCAAACAUGCACUGGUGGUAAUCAAUUACUUUAACAAGCAGCUGGGUGACUUGCACUCCGUCUCUGAGUUGAAUAGCUACUGUGCUGGCUACUUGGACAAGUUCAAGCGUGUGCACUUUGUGAUGUUGCACUUCGAGGAGGGGAUUGACAAGGACAGCAUGGGCUUUGAUGAGCGACGCCGGUACGACCGGGCAUUGAUCCCAGGGGAACAAAAGAAAAUCAAUGAGAGGAUUGAGCACUUGCAGGAGAAGGAGCCUGGUGCACAGGUUAAGCCAGGAGUCCUGAAGGCCUUGGGUAUCGGGUCCGCGCUGGACGACAUGCAAAGCAGAUUGUCCGGUUUUAUGGAAUUCAACCGUACCAACCUCACGGUUGCCGUGAAGGAGAAGAUUGAGGCCUUGUUGGAGGAGUGCAAGAAUCUUCGAGAAUCUGUGGAUCUCGAUGCGGACUCCAUGUGGCAGCGAUGGGAUGAGUAUAUGCUCGACUUCCAGACCGUGUUGAAGGGCAUUUUUGAAUGCAAGCACAAUGACAUCAAGUCGGAUCUGCAAAGCAUCUGA